ACUACCAACAUAACAGGUAAUACUUUACCCAAGAGAUCUACUACCAACAUAACAACAGGUAAUACUUUAUCAGAGAGGGAUACUACCAACAUUACAGGUAAUACUCUACCCAAGAGAUCUACUACCAACAUAACAGCAGGUAAUACUUUACCAGAGGGAGAUACUACCAGCAUAACAACAGGUAAUACUUUACCUGAGAGAGAUUCUACCAACAUAACUUCAUGUAAUACUUUACCUGAGAGAGAUACUACCAACAUAACUUCAUGUAAUACUUUACCUGAGAGAGAUACUACCAACAUAACUUCAUGUAAUACUUUACCUGAGAGAUCUACUACGAACACAACUUCAUGUAAUACCUUACCUGAGAGAUCUACUACCAACAUA